AUGGCACGAGCCAUCGCUCUUCUUCUGAUUGCAUUCGCCAUUUUCCCGAUCACCGCGUUGGCAAAAGAAUACAUUGUUGGAGUUGCAGAUGGCUGGAAUUCUGAAGUUGAUUACUAUGCUUGGCUUGAUGGCAAGACUUUCUAUGUUGGAGAUGUAUUAGUUUUCAAUUACCACAGAGAUGAACACAAUGUUUUAGAAGUAAAUUCCACUGGGUAUGAUCAAUGUGUUGCAUCUCCAAACAAGGGUGCCCAUGACAGUGGAAAUGACAAAAAAACCUUCAAGACUCAUGGGAACAAAUAUUACAUAUGUGAAUGGCACUGCAACUACUCUGGCCAGAAGCUUAAGGUCCCUGUCUUGUCAAAGAAGUUGUGA